AUGCAAAUAAGUGUACAUAAUGAAUGCUGUCUCAGAAUUCUAUCUACUCUUAAUAUUCUUAAGUGCACACCACUUCAGAAAAUAGAGCUAGAAAACAUUCUUUCUGAGUUGAACAGACUAAUUGCCAUAGCAACAACAAAGCAGGAGAUUCCAGAAGUAAAAAUAGAAAGAGUUGAUGAAAGAAACUACAUAAUUAAUAACACACACAUUAGAGACCAAGAUGGAAGAAUCGAAAUAGAAAAAACAGAUAUUUUAUUACUACAGCCGCAUUUUACAGAAAAUCCAAUAGGAGCAAUAGAAGACGCAGUAGAUUAUGUAAAAAUAUUAUACGAGAAUAGAAUAUGCAUUGCAUGCUUAAGAAAAGCAAGUACAAUGACACUUGCAAUGCCAUUGAUAGUUAGAAAAGCGAAUGACAGAGUAUUUGUAUACCAUACUGAGUGUAUAGAAGAUGGGCAGGAAGCAAAUAUCUAUCUUGUUACACAAGAAACGGCCUAA